AAGAGGAUGAAGAGGAAGGUGAAUUGGACCAAUUGCCUGGAAUGAUGCCCAGGAGAUUUUCUUGUGAAGAGUUGAAGACGGCCACUGGGGUUUUUCAAAUGAUCCUCGGUCAGGGAGGGUUCGGUGCUGUUUUCCAGGGAGUCCUGAGCGACGGCAUCCAAGUUGCAGUGAAGAGGCUGGACAAUAAAGGGCAGGGGACAAAGGAGUUUGUGGGAGAGGUUCAAACCAUUGGUCGCAUCCAUCACAUCAAUCUGGUAAGGCUGGUAGGUUUCUGUGCUACGAAAUCACACAGACUCCUGGUCUAUGAGUAUAUGUCCAAGGGCUCGUUAGAUAAAUGGAUUUUCCAUGAAAAUGAUAACCCAAAUCUUGAUUGGAAAACCAGGAUGAACAUCAUAAUCGGCAUGGCAAAAGGGUUGUGCUAUCUUCAUGAAGAGUGCUGUCAGAGAAUCGCGCACUUGGACAUCAAACCGCAGAAUAUUCUCUUGGAUGAAAGUUUCAAAGCUAAAGUUUCAGAUUUUGGUUUGUCUAAGCUGAUCAGGAGAGAUGAGAGCCAAGUAUUUACCACCAUGAGAGGAACCCCAGGCUACCUCGCGCCGGAGUGGCUGAGUGCCGCCAUAUCAGAGAAGGCCGACGUUUACAGCUUCGGAGUAGUGGUCAUGGAAAUUGUCUGUGGAAGAAAGAACCUGGACCCUUCUCAGCCUGAAGAAAGCAGGCAUUUACGCCCUGCCCUUUUACUGAAACUGCUGCAACUCUCCGCACAAGAGAACCAACUCUUAGAUCUUGUCGACAUGGUAAACGAAGAAAAAUCACAUUAUGGAGAAGAUGCAAUGAGAGUAAUGAGGAUUGCGAUAUGGUGCUUGCAGAAUGAUCACACCAAGAGGCCUCCAAUGUCUCAGGUGGUAAAGGCUUUGGAGGGAGCCAUGGUUUUGGACGCAGGCCACAUUGAUUUUGGCACUUUCCAUACAUUGGAGCCUCAAUCAGGACCUGAAACGCAAAGUGGAUCAGAAAUACAGACGGGAACAAACGAUUCUCUUUUCCUUUCAGGUCCCAGGUGAAACCUAUGCUGUACACCUAUUGGUUUUUUCCCGUUUCUUUCACCAAAUUGCGUCACAAAAUCGUGUACUUAGUCUACUCCAGAAUUUAAUAUUUGAUGGUAUUGCUUUUCCUGGCCAUAGGGAUGAUAUUCUUACAGCAGCCACAUUCUAUUUUCAAAACUCAUGCGAUGCCUCAGACAUGUUGCAUCUUGGUGACUUUCGAAUGCCGCAAUCUUCACACUCUACUUGGUAGAAUGCGAAGAAA